AUGACUGGGCGGUCAAGGGCAGUGCCUGAAAUCACAUGGUUUACAAUGGUCUAGUUCCGAGGCGCCAUUUUGGAGGAAAGUUUGGAAUUUUUCAACCUGGGAAGGGAAAAAAAGGGAGGAGGGGAUAAGUUUGACACGACUGCAAGACGGACCGAUAUUGUGAACAAAGAGUGCGGCGGUGGAAGUUUGUAGAAACAGUGCGACACUAGCCAAAACGGGGCUGCUGCUCCGACUGAGUUUUCGCGUUGGUGACUCCGGAGUGGAUUGGCGUGUUUGGGAGGGUUUUUUUGGAAGCCGCGACUGCUGCAAACGACGUCUAGUCUGCAUUGUCAACCCUGCGCCCCACGGUAUCACCCAUGCCCAUGCAUGCACGGACUGGCGGGCAUUAUGCUGCACUGCUGAGCCUCUCCGCCCCGGUCACUGUUUGUGUGUGUAACUAAACGGCAGCGAGACUAGGGCUUGUAGUUAGCAGAUCAUCAGACUCCCAGCUGCAUAUGUGGUGUCGUGGCGUCCCCACCUCGCCGCUGUCAGUCCGAGAAGUGCAGCUGUCAGCCCACACGGUACUCGGCGUUGCUUAUGCUUUUAGCUGACCAACAUACGGAAGACAAACGUUCACCGGGACCUGCUGUUUAUGUUCCGUGUUGCCGUGACGCGGAGAGUUUAGUUCGCGAGUGUGUGUUCAGAGAAGUGAACUUGUGGGCUCUGGUCGUCACAGGAGGGGGGUUCCUAAGCUCCGGGGGAGAACGCGGCAGACUUUGGACGGCCGGCUAGUUGUGAAAGUGUUUUCUUGGUGUCGGGAGGAGACGUUUUGUCACCCUGUGUGUUUCGGCUUAGCCCGGCUAGCGAGCUAGCCCAGUGCCGUGCCAGUCCUAACCAUGCCAGUGCGAAGGAAAGAUGCACAGAGAGCCUUGGUUCUUCUUGAGGCGUACCAGACCAAACUGAGCCAAACGGACGACCGGCAGCUCAAACACUCGAUCCAGCGGGUCAUCGACAUCUUCCAGAGCAAUCUAUUCCAGGCCCUCAUAGACAUCCAGGAGUUCUACGAAGUGACCUUAUUGGACAGCCAGAAAUGUGCCGACCCGGCCCGGAGCUGGGAGCCCCUGCCGCCGGUCAACCUGUGGGACCUGUCCAGCCUCCAGAGUCCCACCGGCACCUCGGAGACGCUGCCCAGCAUCAGCACCAGCAUCGAGGACUCGGCCCUCCUACAGGAGAUCUUCCACGCACUGGCGCAGGGUAAAGACCACGCGUCCGGACCCAAGUACCGGCACCACGAUGAGGACACGUCCCCUCAGGAGCCCGGGUCUCCCCAGCUCAUGGACGAGGCCCCGGGGCCCGAGCUGGUCCAGGUGGCCGAGAAGAGCCUGUCCCAGAUCGAGAACGUCCAUGGCUACGUCGCCCACGCACAUAUCUCCCCCAUGAAGGUAGCCUCCCUGGAGAGCAUCUUUGAGGGCUCCUCCCUGCUGGGUGGGCAGCAGGAUCUUGCCUCCCUUCCCCCCUCCCCCCGACCCCUGGGGAGCCCCCUCCCCUCCACCUCCUCCAACCCCUAUCCCCCGGAGAGCCCGCUCCCCUUCUGCUCCUCCAACCCCUACCCGAGCCAGCUGCUGAUCCAGCAGGCAGAGGGAGCCCUGCCCCCAUCCCCCAUAAUCCCUGUGGUCCCCGUGUCGCCCGUCCCGGCAGAGAGCAGCACCCAUCAGCCACCUCAGGCUAACCCUCCCCCCGUCGUGGUGAACACGGACAGCCUGGACACGCCUUCAUACGUGAACGGAACAGAAGCGGAUUAUGAAUACGAGGAGAUAACGUUGGAAAGAGGUAACUCUGGGCUGGGCUUCAGCAUUGCUGGAGGGACGGAUAAUCCCCACAUAGGGGAGGACCCCAGCAUCUUCAUCACCAAGGUGAUCCCUGGAGGAGCGGCGGCCCAGGACGGGCGGCUCAGGGUCAACGAUGUGAUCCUGCGCGUGAACGACGUGAACGUGUGCGACGUGACGCACAGCCGCGCGGUGGAGGCGCUGAAGGAGGCCGGCUCGCUGGUCCCGCUCUACGUCCGCCGCAGGAAGCCCCAGUCGGACAAACUGAUGGAGCUGAAGCUGGUGAAGGGCCCCAAAGGUCUGGGGUUCAGUAUAGCAGGGGGAGUGGGGAACCAGCACAUCCCGGGGGACAACAGCAUCUACGUCACCAAGAUCAUCGAGGGCGGGGCCGCGCAUAAAGACGGCCGUCUGCAGAUCGGAGACAAACUCCUAGCGGUGAACGGCGCCUUCCUGGAGGAGGUGACCCACGAGCACGCGGUCACAGCCCUGAAGAACACCCCGGACGUGGUCUACCUGAAGGUGGCCAAGCCCCACAGCGUGUUCAUGAACGAGACCUUCGCCCCGCCCGACAUCACCAACUCCUACUCCACACACAUGGAGAACCAUAUCAGCCCCCCCGCCCUCCUGGGUCAGCCCCCGCCUCCAGCCCCCUCGGGACGCUACUCCCCCACACCCAAGAGCAUGCUGGGAGACGAUGAUGUAACCAGUCCAGAUGACGGACAGCUGGGCGGUGUUGUCCUGACCAAUAGGGAGCCCAGGAAGGUGGUCCUCCACCGGGGGGCGACGGGGCUGGGCUUCAACAUCGUAGGGGGAGAGGACGGAGAGGGCAUCUUCAUCUCCUUCAUCCUGGCUGGAGGGCCGGCCGACCUGAGCGGCGAACUGAGGAGAGGAGACCGCCUGGUGUCUGUGAAUGGGGUGGACCUGCGCAGCGCCACUCACGAGCAGGCGGCCGCCGCGCUGAAGAACGCCGGACAGACCGUCACCAUUGUGGCCCAUUACCGACCGGAGGAGUACAGCCGCUUCGAGGCCAAGAUCCAUGACCUGCGGGAGCAGAUGAUGAGCAGCAGUAUCAGCUCAGGGUCGGGCUCGCUCAGAACCAGCCAGAAGAGGACCCUCUACGUCAGGGCGCUGUUUGACUACGAUAAGACCAAGGACUCGGGGCUGCCCAGCCAGGGGCUGAACUUUAAGUUCGGGGACAUCCUCCACGUGGUCAACGCCUCGGACGAUGAGUGGUGGCAAGCACGGCAGCUCACCCCCCAGGGGGAGGCGGAGGAGGUGGGGGUCAUCCCCAGCAAGAGACGGGUGGAGAAGAAGGAGAGAGCGCGACUCAAAACGGUGAAGUUCAACGCCAAGUCCAGAGACCGAGGGCAGUCACUCAAUGACAAGCGUAAAAAGAACCUUUUUUCACGAAAGUUUCCGUUCUACAAGAGCAAGGACGCGAGCGAGCCGGAGACCAGCGACGGGGAACACCAUGUGACGUCUAACGCCAGCGAUAGUGAGAGUAGCUACCGUGGCCAGGAGGAGUACGUCCUGUCCUAUGAACCAGUCACCCAGCACGAAGUCAACUACACCCGUCCGGUCAUCAUCCUGGGACCCAUGAAGGACCGGAUCAACGAUGACCUCAUCUCAGAGUUCCCCGACAAGUUUGGUUCCUGCGUUCCGCACACGACGCGGCCCAAGCGGGACUACGAGGUGGACGGCCGGGACUACCACUUCAUGGUGUCCCGGGAGCAGAUGGAGAAGGACAUCCAGGACCACAAGUUCAUCGAGGCGGGCCAGUACAACAACCACCUCUACGGCACCUCCGUCCAGUCGGUCCGGCAGGUGGCCGAGAAGGGGAAACACUGUAUUCUGGACGUGUCGGGGAACGCCAUCAAGAGGCUGCAGCUGGCUCAUCUUCAUCCCAUCGCUGUCUUCAUCAAGCCCAAGACUGUGGAGAACAUCAUGGAGAUGAACAAGCGUCUGACGGAGGAGCAGGGCAGGAAGACGCUGGACCGAGCCAACAAGCUGGAGCUGGAGUUCACCGAGCAUUUUACAGCCGUGGUCCAGGGAGACACCCUGGAGGAGAUCUACGACCUGGUGAAGCAGAUCAUCGAGGACCAAUCCGGCCCCUUCAUCUGGAUCCAGUCCAAGGAGAAGUUAUGAGGAACAGACACAUGCACAGAGACACAGACACAGACACACAUACACACGUACAUACACGCGCGCGCACACACACACACACACCGCUCAACUCUUUAUAAUUUAGCUUUUUUUUUUAAGACAACUGCUGCAUAUGGAAACCUCUCCUCUCUCUCUAAGAGACACAUAUAGACACACACAUAAACACACGCACACGCGCACACACACGGCCUUGCCAGAGGUCGCCCAGACUACGGUACGCUUCCUUAAUGUUUAAGGGAGAGGACUUUCCGUUUUCUUUCCUUUAUCGUUCUUGAUUUUAAUUAAUUCUGGGGCUUUUAGCGUAACUUAAACAAAGAGGGGCAGAGUUUCUCUCUCAGGAGUCAUAAAGUAAAAGAAGAAGGAGGCGGAGAAAGUUGGUCCCCUCCCGCACGUGGUCAAGAGGUCCUUCGUCAUCUUCCUUCUGCGCUUUUUAGUUUUAAAUUUUCUCUUUUUAACCUCCUUGUCCUCCACACACACACACACACUCAGACUGCCCCCUGCUGGUCAUCUCCCACCAAGUGGAGCUUUAGGUGACCGACCCGGCCUCUAAUACCUAACACUGUUGGCUCACUCCCCUCCUCCUGACCGUCACUAAGGAGACGUUUCGAACCCUGGACACCUCCCCCCCCCCCCCCCCCUCCUCCGGGUCAGACAUAUUUCACGCAAGAACAACGCUACAAGGUCAGAGGUCGCGGGAUCAGAGACACGAGACUCAAGUUCUGACCAGAUGAGCGGGUGUAUCACUGUGCAGACGACCAACCCCCCCUCCUCCCCCCAGGAGCAGGUGCACGCUGGCGGAGCGGCCAUUUUGUGUGCUGUCUGUAUUCUUUCACCAUCAAAGCGCUUUGGCGUCCCAAGUCAUUGAGGCGCGCGGAUAAGAAACCGCCAUUUCCAGGCGUCCAUCGCUGUGUGGGCUGCCGAACGCUGAUGCAAACACAGAGAUUUAAGAUCCUUGUACAUGAGAUUCAACCCUUGGUAAACUGCCUAUUUUGUUAUAAUAAAAGUCUAUAUUGAACUUGA